AUGUCGACGAGUCUUGAAAGAAGUGAUGACAGUGUUCAAAUAGUAGAUGUUUGGAAAGAGAACAUAAAACAAGAGUUCGACUUCAUUAUUGAUGCGAUAAAGAUAUAUCCAUAUGUAUCCUUGGACACAAAAUUCUCAGGUUCGCUCUUCACAGUAAGAAACUAUGGAGCAUUGACUGGAAACCUGGGACUGGCCAAACUGAUUCAAGUGGGUCUCACGUUGUCCAACGAAAACGGUCAAUGUCCCAUGAUCAAUGGUCAACGCGUCUGCUGGCAAUUCAAAUUCUGUGAGUUCAUUCCAAAAAGGGAUCCAAAAUCCAGAGACAUGAUCGAUGCCCUGAGAGACAGUGGCAUGGAUUUGGAGAAGAACCAGAAAGAUGGCGUGACAUACAGCGAUUUUGCAGAGCUUCUGAUGUCGUCUGGGCUUGUAAUGAGGGACGAGGUUUCAUGGAUUACGUUUCAAGGUUCGUCCCAUUUCGGGUACUUGGUGAAGCUGCUGACUGCAGCUGGGAAGAAGAAUCUUCCAGAAACAGAACAAGAGUUCAUGGAGAUUCUCAAUUUUUGUUUCCCAGUUUUUUAUGAUGUCAAGCACCUGAUAAGAUCAUCCACCAACGUAAAUCUGCAUCAACAUGGUGGUGGUGAACUGGAAGAUGUUGCCAGGUUUCUGGAGGUGGAGGAGAGAGUUGGACCGGCGGCGGCAGGGGACCAAGCUGGGUCAGAUAGUUUGCUUACGAGUAUUGUGUUCAAUAAACUGAAACAUGAUCCUCAGUACUUCAAUGGAGCUAUACCAGAGACAUGUCGUGGUUUUUUGCCUGGCUUGGCCGGCCUGCGAGGUGUAGGUGGGUCCAAAAAUAGGGACUCGGGUGGGAAGGUUGGCCGUGGUCGACUCCACUCCUGUUGGCUCAUGGGUGCGGGCUUGUCUCGGGGAUUAUGGGGUCCUCGAGAUACCGCACGGGCACCGUGUAUUGCGCCAGACUCUCAGCCCGUGACAGAGUGGUAUCAGAGCGGGACGUACUUUACUGUCGUGUGCCUAUGGAGUCCCACAUUGGGACUAGUUGACCUCGGCACCGCUCCAGUAGGCCUGCGAGGUGCAGGUGGGUCCAAAAGUGGGGACUCGGGUGGGAAGGUUGGCCAUGGUCGACUCUACUCCUGUUGGCUCGUGGGUGCGAGUGGGUCCGAAGAAUGCAGGACUCAGGUGGCCAUUCAGUGGUAA